AUGCCUAGAGCGGCCGCCGUGCAUGCCAACAUUGCAAUGACAUCACUUCUGGGUGACGUCAUUGUGUUGCCUGAAACAUGGAUAGCUCUAGAUGCAGAGGGGAAAUUCCUAUUGGAGGACACAGAACUGGUUAGGCCUCGUGGCUCGUCAAUAUGGAAAGCAGAAGAGAAUAUUUCCCAGUGUUGUCAACAGGUCUACAUUUCUGCAAGUGGGGAAGAAGUUGGGUGCCAGCAGGAAGCUUGUCCAGUGGAGGAUGGGGAUGAAUCCCUCCCUUGUGUGGGAGGCCUUAAGGCCACCAGCGACACUGUGGUGCAAACCAGAACUGAUAUUGGGAAGAAGUGCAACCCCUGCCCAGCUUACAGGAAAAGUUUAAUCCCAAAGAGUACUCACACAGGAGAGAAAGCACAUAAAUGCCUGGUCUGCGGGAAAUGCUUUCUCUCAAGCUCUAAGUUCGGCAUCCAUCAGAGAAGCCACGCAGGGAAGAAGCCGUACAGGCGUUUGCAUUUCUGUAGCCCCCCACACGCAUAUCAAGCCGGCCUUGAUACGACUAGCCCAGAGCCGUCCGUGCUGUUCACAAAAACGACUCCCCGCAUCCGCGGCCAGCGCUGGGAAGGGAAGGAGGUAGCGGCCCUGUUGAACAGCAUCAAGGUCAGCCCCGCCCUUGCCCUGCUGAUGAGCAGCAGUUCGCAGAGAGGUCAGCAGCACUGGGAAAAAAUUCGGGACAGGCUGGGCUCUCUGGGGUUCAACCGGACAAUCGACCAGCUGCGGUCGAAGUGGAAACAGCUGAAGACAGAUUUCUUCGCAGCCGGUAGGCCUGCUGCAGAGGGGAAAGAGAGGCCCGCCAACAUACCAAGUUAUUUCAACCGAAUGCGGGCCUUGUGGGAUGCGGCAGGGCGCCCCCCGUUCAAAGAUCGUCACCUGCCAGCCUCCUAUCGGGCACAAAGGCGGGAGCUGGAGAGGCGUCAGGAAGAUGACGAGGAGAUGGAAGCAAAUGGGCCCUCAUGCUGAUGUACCUGGGGCACCCAGGCUUGAAGGGCAGCUGCCAGGAUCGCAUUCUAUGUGUUCCUGCGCACCAGUGGUGGAGAGAUGCAGCAAGGAAGGGGGGCACUGCCAGGAGCCCUGGAGGCCAAGCAGUUAUGAAAUCACUUGCUCUUGUUUUGGGGCACAACAUCCUUGGGAUGCUGACAAAAAGGACCAUCUUUCAUCUGGGGCAGGAGACAGACCGCAGCAAUCUGUGCCAGAGAUGGAAGCGAAUCCUGUCAAUGAGAAGGAAGAUCUUCCCGCACCGAUCUGUUCGCUUCCAAAUGGCGAGCUCUGUGCUCCAAGCAUCUCUCCUCCUAUUUGAAAACAGCUUCUGACUUCUCCAGAGGCAUCAGUGCUUUGUUAAAAAAUUGAAAAUU